UUUACGAAAGAAAACGUCUACCAUUAACUCAUAUCCUGUCUUUCUUUAGUUUAAAUUUGAUUCAAAAUAACUGUUUCAACGGCAUAAGAGAAGUUAUAAAGAUUUUGUAUCGAACAUAUCCUGAAUUAAAACUUGUUAGUCCUUUGUGUAAAGCGGACGUGUGAAUUCUUUGUUAUCCAACUUCACUAGUUCAAACAAAGACAACAUGGAAGUUGAAGCCGCUAAAUCCACCGAGAUCCGCUGCCAAGAGAUGUCUAAGGGAGGUCUGGCGUACGAGGUGAUCCUGGCCGAGCCAGUGGGAGUGCCCGUGCCUCGCCGCGCUGACUCCCCUGAGAAGACGCCCUCCGUUGAGGAGAUCCAGGAGAAAUUGAAGGCGGCUGAGGAGAGGAGACGUAGUCUGGAAGCCAGCAAGAUGGCUGCCAUCGCACAGAAGAUGCAAAAGAUAGAGGAGGCGUCUCGCAUCCGCAGCGAACAAACGAACAACUUCAUCGUCAACACCAAGGAGGCUCUGGACGCCAAGAUGGAGACGCACGAGGAGAAACGCGAGGCCUACAUCAACGAGCUGCGUGCGCGCCUCAAGGACCACUUGGAGGGUGUUGAGAAGACCAGGCUGACCUUGGAACAGCAGACGAUGGAAGUGUACAAGGCCAUCGAGGAGAAGAUGAACACCGCCGCCGACAAGCGCGACGAGAACAUCAAGAAGAUGCUUGAGCGCCUGCGCGAACAUGAAGAGCAAGUCCGCAAAGUUCGCGCUGGCAACCACGAACGCUUCCAACAGCUGGAGAGCGCUAUCCAAGAGAAGCUGCAGCAGGCCGCCGACCGCCGCUUGCUGCUCGAGGCCGAGCAGAAGGAGAAGCUGCGCAACCACAACCUUAAGCUAGCUGAGGUGCGUUCGGCCGCCACGGCUAAGGUGGAAGAAAUAACCAAAGAUAUUGAGAACAAACUCACCACUGCCGAACAGAACAGAGAGAAGGAAAUGCAGAAAAAGUUGGAUUUCGUCAAAAAGGAGGAGAGGCGCGCGGAGCUGGUGCGACAGAACAAGAGCGCGCGCGUGGACAGCGCCGCCGCCGUCACCUCCGGCUAGGCAGCGAGCACAUCCCACACCACUCUCUGUUAUACCUCCGUUACUGAACGACCGGACGUAGGAAACCAGGCUAACUAACACCCUAGGCCGGCAAUACACGAACCCCUUAAAGCAGUCAGGAGCAACAGCUUCAAGCUGCCACCGCCAGAAUCAGUGGAGUCCAUAGAAUUCUGCAGUUUACUGUGCAGUCGACAGCUUGAAGCUGCCGCCCCUAACUGCUUUAAGCGGUUCGUGUAUUCCCGACCUUAGGCCCAAAUUCGCCUACAAUAUAAACGUCAGUUUUCUUAAAACAACUGUAUACUUUGAAAAUGCAGAGUAAAUAGUUGUUUUAUGAAUAAUGGACGUUUAUGUUGUCGAUGAAAAUGGGUGUAAUAAGGUUACACUGGUUUCCCGAGUCCCAGAUGGUUGAAAAGCCAUCAGAAAUUACUAACAUUUCCUAAAGUUAAGUCGGCUUCGGUGGAACAUCUUAUCGAUAUUUGUAAUAGCAGUGCUGACAACUUUUGUCGAUAAUGUUAGUGGUUCCUGAUGAUAGGUUAAGGUCUUUUGGCUGGUCCAGUAGCAAAAUUUGUACUUCGGUGUAAAAUGGAAGCGCCACUUAGACGGCCGAUAAUGCGUCGGUGUUGUAACAUAUAAAAAUAUUGUGAUAAAAACUUAUAAAAAAAAAUAUAUUUCUCUAAUAUUGCGCACCGUACGGCAUCCUCACAAUAUUUGUGUUACACCCCCAGACGUGCUUACUUUGUGACAACAAUGUCCGCGUGAUCAUGCUUACGACAUCUUUGAUUCUAAAUUAAAUAGUUUAAGUUAAUUGUUUUCAUCGACAUUAUGGCAACAUUGCUGUACACUUUAAAUAACAAUAAUUAUGGCCUAUUUCAAAGAAUGUACUUAAUUGAAUAUGUCUUAGACGUGAUCCUAUCAACCAGCUUUUAGUAUUCCAAUGGAACACUGAAUUCGAUGAUUUGGAUCUUCUGUCUUGGCAUACUAAAACUUGGACAGUCGCACUCAGGGUUCUGUACGUAAAAGCCGCAUAUUUGCCUUUUAUUUUUAUAUGAUGAAGUGUUUAUUUGUAGACUGGCAUCUCGCAGAGGCUAGCUGUUUAGUUUAGUGCGGAACCCUCGGCAAAUUAACGAAUGAUGAGAUUUGUAAGCAAGCUGGCGGGACAGCUCGAUGGUGGUAUGACAAGUAUCCCUAAUCGUUAGUUAUAGACUUAUAUCAUUAUUUUUAAUGUUUAUCAUACGCAACAGUAUUUUUAGGGAGGUAUAAUCUAAAUUUAAGUUUCAUCACGUUCUUAUAAUUGUAUCGCCGUAACGCUAUUAACUGCCCAUUAAUGAUUAUACGAUAUUUGACGGAACUGUGUUGUGUUGGAGUCGGGAGGCGUGUGGCUGUAUGCCGUCGCCGGCGGGCCGCGACGCCACCACAUCUAGUCUGCAUUAAUAUAAGUCUGUAUCACUUCCUUUUAUGAUCUCAAUCGGUACAAUAAACAUUACCCGUCUUACCACAAAAACUUUUUAACGUCAGUUUAAGACUUGUCUAAAAAAAUGUCAAAUUAUGACGUUGACAUAUGGUUCAUUUUGGAGCCACAUUUUUUUUAGACAAGUGUAAAACAGUGGUUAAAGUUUUUGUAGUAAGACCGUACAAGUCGGAUCGUUAGAUGAUUAGUUACCCAGCGGAAGUGCCUCAGUAUAUUCGGUAUUCGGCUCUCGGAUGAUAUCAAUAAAGUGUAACGUAUAAAACUGCCUUCAUAGCGUUUUAUAUUUUUUUAAUUGUAGAUGGCGAGGGCGCCGGGCCGCGGACGUAACGGUGUGUUGGACACGAACCGCUUCUGUGAUGUUUUUGCUCUAGUGAUAUUAUGUAUCGUAUCGUUCGGUUAGGCACAAAUUAUAUCGACUCGGACGCUGAUGCGUACGCGGAGGCGGUACAACGCGGGACUGUUAAGUGAGAGUAUCCUGUAUUUUAUAGUAUAUUUUUGCCAUUCAUUUAGCGUCGGUCUGUUUUAUCGUCAAAGGUAUGAUAAUAAUUGUAUAUAAUAUUAAGAGAUGAUGUAUGUAGGCUUGGCGCGGCGGCGCGGGGCGGCUGCUUGCUGCUUCUCUGUGUUACUAACGCUGUAUGAGUAAGGGAACUAGGUGUAAGUUACUAGCUUGUUUCUCGGUGAAGAAGUGAAAACCUCUGACCAAUUUGCCUUGGGUAUUGUGUAGCCUUUUAGAUUCUCACGAUCGAGACGAAUCAUGUAUAGCGAUGCAACAUAUAGCUUUCAGAUAAUUAUAUUAUUGUUUUUCGUAAUUUUUGCGUAAUGUUAGUCACUCUCCUAUCUCUUAUUAUGGUGUUAUUAUCGUUAAUUUUUAUAUUUUAUGUGAUUAAUUAUAUUAAUGUGCUUCAGUUUGUGAGGUAUAUGAAAAUUGCUGUUUGAAGUGCAGGCAACUUUUGUAGUUUCAUUGUCGUAUUAAAUAAAGUCAUAAAUACUAAUAAA